AUUUAAUGUUAAUAUUUCUUAAAAAUAAAUUAAAAUAUCAUUACAUUUUAUUUAAUUGUUAUUGUAUUAAAUAAAAUUGAAAAUUACACGUACUUUCGUAUUUUGCAAAAAAAAGUAUAACACAACCUACAUAAAAUAUAUAUUUUAUAACAAAUUACAUAUAUUAUUUAGAUAUAAAAUACAUAUAUUAUUUAGAUGUCAUUGAAAAAUAAAAAGUGGAAAGAAUUUUUUUGGUAAGUCAUUUUACAAAUAAAAAUUGGCUGUAGAAGUUGGGGGAAAAAAACGACAAUUUUAGCGUCAUUUGAAUUGAAUGAAACAAACAGAGUAGUUUGAGGGUUUAUGAAUCAUAAUUCAAUCAAGUAAUCAAGGCUUGAAAAACACGUAACCUCUUUAACCGACACGAGUGCUUGAACUGGGUCAUUGCUGUUUGUUUUAAUAUCCCUCCCUCACUCAGUGAGGUUACGUAUGUCUGUAUGGUCCCCACCUGCCAAGCCCAUUGUCCCGCUCCAUCCCAAUCCUCAUUGCCACGGUGACAACCUUUGACCUUUAUCCAGUCCUGGCCCGCUCCAUUUCCUUUUGCUAUUCGCUUCUCCUGGAAACUUCCUGUUUAUGUCGGGCCCCCUCUUCCUGUUCCCCUCCAACACUUUGCUGUUGCUCAGAAACAAUGAGCGCUACGAUUGAUGUGGCGAUUAGACGCAAGGAAAACAGUCUUGAUGGUCUUAAGUGUAGCAAAUACAGUACAGUACCGGCCCAGCUCGUUUAAGUUCAACCCAUUUAGACGCCGCCGUAGAAAUGCAUCGCUUCAUUCUUCCGAGGCAGCGUCUGGUGACCCGUGGGGACAGUGCCCUGCCAGCAGGAAGUGUAAGGACAAGUUUGGGGACGGAUCGUGUGACAGAGAGUGUAUGGAGCCCGAAUGUCUCCGGGACGGCCUGGACUGCCUGAAGGACAGAGGCCACUGCAAUCCGGGCCACAUCCCGUACUGCAGCAACCACUAUGCCAAUUCCCAGUGCGACAAGGGGUGCGACAGCGCCCCCUGCGGGUGGGACGGCAGCGACUGCUUUGCCCACCAGAGCCCCCUGUGGGCCAAGGGCACCCUGGUGGUGCACACCCGCAUCGCGCACAAAGGCGGCGGCGCGCUCGCCAACACGACGCUGCUGUGGGCGCUCAGCGUGCUCCUGCGGACGGCGCUCAAGCAGAGAGGCUCGGCUCCGCUCGCUGCCAACAGGAACUUGUUUGAGUUCGACCCCCAGCAGCUCGUCGACUUGCUGGCUCAAACCACGCCGGCAGAUUCAGACGGCUCCCUGGUUUUCCUCCAAGUGGACAACCGACCGUGUUCCCGCCAGCCCUCUACCUGUUUCCCGUACGCCACAGAGGCCGCCAGCUUUCUUCGCGCCGUCAUGCUGCUGAACCCCGCCUCGUAUCCCGCCCUCCCGGAGCUGAAGGCCGUCAUCGCUAUCCGCGGUGUCCAAGACGAGAUAGGAAGCAGGGAGGAGGAAACGCGGAAGGAGGAAGUCAAGGAGCCGACCCCUGCGUGGUUGUGGGCCGUGGUUGCUAUAGCGACAGCCUUGCUCUUGGCCUUGGCCCUGGUGGUCUUCCUGGUGAUGAGGCGGGUGAGGCAGCAGAGAAGGGAGAGAGAGGGCAGCGCCAGCGGCCCCCAGGUGAGACACCGCUCCACCGCCACCGACAACGACGACGUUAAAUCCAAGGCCUGGACACCGCACGGCGCCACGCAGGAGCCGAGAGUGCGGUCGGGGCGGGAGAAAGACAAGAUGGGCCUGAGGAAGAAGAAGAAAGCCAAGGAAGCGGAGAAGAGGAGGAGGAGGGAACCCCUUGGGGAGGAUGCCAUGAGAAUGAGACCUCUCAAAAGGGACCAGGAUAUUGCCAGCGACACAGACUUCACUCAGAGCUCCAUGGAGGACAUCAGCGCGAGGUGCGGCAGCCGCCAGGAGGACACCUCCAUCUGUGACCACCGGAACCAGGAGCUGAAACACUACCGGGCCGGCGGCUCGCAGCCCCGCAGGCCAGCACCUUCUUCAUCCAGAGGCUGGGAGAGGAACGCCAUGCCUCCACCUCUGCUCAGUCCUCCUCAGCAGUCGGCAGAGUGGUGCGGUCCGGACGGCUCUGUGGUUCUGAUCCGUGCGGUGCGUAGUGGACUGGACAGAGUGGUGCUGGAGCUCCUCCGAGCUGGAGUGCCUGUGAACAACACAGAUCACACUGGGAGAUCGGCCCUGCACUGGGCAUGCUCAGUUAACCACCUCUCCCUAACAAGGACGCUUGUCCGUUAUGGCGCGGCCGUGGACCUGCAGGAUAAUAAGGGUGAAACCCCUCUUUUCCUCUCCGCCUUCUACGGUUGCUACGACACCACCCGACUUCUCCUCCUCCACGGCGCCAACCUGGAGCUCCAUGACCGCAGAGGGCGCCGCCCGGUGGACGUGGCCAGGGAAGGCCUGCAUCACCAAGUCCUGGAGCUCCUGUUGGCCCACCAAAUUCAAAGAGUACCCGCCCCGGUCGACUCUGCCAACGAAAUGAUAUGGGAAGAGCGCGCUUUGAUGUACUCGCCGUGGGUCGGGACGCAAGGGCUGCCUGGACGAAGCGCCUCCUUCUCCGGCAUGGUCGCGCCUCGAGACAUGACGCCACCGCCGCAGAGUAACUGGUCCAUGGGCAGCGUACAAUACCCGCCCCCUCAGAACUGGCGACCGCAGCUCAACCAAUCGGCAACGGCGCUGGUGCCUCCCCGAGUCAUGGGCCGCUCCCCUCGGCCAAUCAGCACUUUGCAGGAGGUGACCUCGGAGGACGAGGACCGGGAGCGGCAGCAGGAAGUUCCCAGAGCGGUCACGCCUCACUUCCUGUCACCCCAGCCGGCCCCCCGGCAGCGCUCCUUCUCGUGUACCCAGCACGCUUUGCAGCGUCGCUCCAGCGCCCACCAGCUGGAGCCCAACUACCUGAUUGUGACUGACAGAGCAGCCAGCGAGCACACAGAAAGGAUGAUGUCACCUCCCGUGGAUUCGGAUCCGGAUCGCCAGCCGGCGGUAAACGGUGACAACAGCAGCGGCGGCAGCAGAGCGGAGCAAGCGAUCGUUAGCGCCUCAAAUUUAGAGCCGAAACCUCGGGGGGAAAGGUCACACAACAGUGCUGACGCCACACAGACGGCGUUGUGAAUGGAGCAAAGAGCAAUAAAAUAUCAACUUCCCGUUUAUUUGACCCUUAAAUAUUAAUAAAGAAUAUGCAAAAAGAUAACUUCCUGACUUGGAGGUUACUUGGACAUUCGACAUAGAUGCAACGUGAGCCCACAAGAAAACUCCAAAGCUUGGACACAUACAACCUCAGUGUACCUUCAGGGGUGUAAAAUACUGUUAUUUGUUACAUGUAAUGCCUGUCAAAAGUAUUUGUACAAAGUUACACCCCUACUAUCCUUCUAAAUGAUUCAAUGUUGUGUCUUUUUAAGGAAGGGACGAUGUUAGUUGUACAUUUUCUAUUUCUUGCACACUGACAAUAAACUGUUUGAGAUUAAUUUCAUACAAUA